AUGGAUCCCCUGUCGAUAUCAUCCGGGGUGGCAGGGCUGAUUGGUCUAGCUCUGCAGGUAGCCCCAGUCCUCCAAUCUUACGUCUCGAACUUCAGGUCAGCACGCGAGGAUGUCCAAGCUUAUCUCGACGAAGUGGGGGCCCUGUCCCAGGUCUUGGAUCGGAUGUACACAUUCCUCGAUUCGUCCGGCAUGACAAGCGACCAAUUUCAGACGACUGAAGCUGUGCUUUUGCAAACAAUCAAAUCAUGCGAAAAGUCUCUGCUAGAGCUGAUUCGCAUGCUCCGAAAGCCGGUCGGUUUGACGAAGAAACUGCUAUGGCACCUCGAGAAGGAAAAAAUUGAAAGCAUCAUUGCGCGGGUCCGGCAAUGCAACCAGCUGUUCAAUUUCUCGUUGACCGUCGAAGGGUGGGCUCUUCUCUCGCAGACGCCCGCAGAGGUGACCACGAUCCUGCAGCUUCAAAUGCAGAUGUCGGAGAAGAUGCACAAAAUGGUUGAAGCAGCGUCGUUAUCAGUAGAAUCAGCCAAGCUGUACCAGGACAAGACAAAGGAAUUGGUGUCGUUGUUGGAGAACGUGUCUAUAUUCGCGAAAGCAGUCGGGCAACUGUCGGAGAUCCAAGAGCGUGUGGAGGAAAUUAGUUGCGGCAUAAAAGACGAGCGGCACAUCGAGAUCCUCGACUGGCUCACGCGUGACCAAGGACCAGGACGCCACCACGAGAUUCAAGGACGUCGAACGCCCGGAACGGGCAGAUGGAUCUUCGCUCAAUGUCAAUUCAGACAAUGGCUCGAAACCGAGACCUCAACGAAUAUUCUAUGGUGUGUUGGCGGACCAGGGUCUGGAAAGUCGACGUUGAUGUCGUUUGUCAUUGAUGAGAUCAAACGCUCACACACCGGUUGCGAUGCUGGUGUCGCGUAUUAUUAUUGCGACUAUCGAAUGCGGACUUCGCAGCCAAUGGUACUCGUACUCGGGUGCAUGAUCAAGACUUUUGCCGAGCACCUGGACAGUCUUCCACAAUCCCUCAAUGCACUAUACGACAAGUGCCGGCGCGAGAAUCGGCAGCCAGUUGUCUCAGAGCUUGAGGUGAUCAUGAACGAUAUUUGCGGUCUGUUCAAAUCCCUCUUUGUUCUGAUUGAUGCAUUGGACGAGUUUAGCCCCGCAGAUAUGACGCAAACGAGACAUCUGGUCCGCCUCCUGGACAAGCUUGCUCGGAAUGGCGCACGCGUCUUCGUGACAAGUCGAUCGAGACCUGAACCCCUGUCCGCAGAGAACAAUGUUGUACUAGAAUAUACGGCCGAUAGCGAAGACGUCCGAUCGCAUGUUCUGUAUGUUCUUAGGUCCGACGACAUGAUGAUGGACCUCUUAGAUCAGCAGCUCGAAGAAGAGAUAUGCAACACGAUUGUCAGUCAAGCAGGUGGAAUGUUUCUGUUGGCAGUUCUUCAUCUUCAGAACAUUCGCGACCAGGUCAGUCGAGCUGGUAUUCGCAAAAGCCUGGAGGCACUGAGUAGCGACCUGGGUGGCGCCUAUGAUAAAUCCUUCGACGCUUUGUCCCACCAGUCCGCGGCACGAAAAGAGCUUGCGCUCCGUGCCUUGCGCUGGGUGGCUUGCGCCUACCGCCCACUCAGUGCACUGGAGUUGCGACACGCUUUGGCGGCCGACGAUGAACUUUGGGAUUGGGACAAGCUAUCUCCUCUCAGGCUCAUAAUCAGUAGCUGCUGCGGAUUACUGUCGGUGGACGGAAUGGAGGAUCACGCACAAGUACGGUUGGUGCAUCAUACCUUGCAGCAGUAUCUUCAGAGCACUCAGCCGGAUUGGUAUAUCAGAGCCCAUACAGUCAUCACUCAGACGUGCCUACAAUACCUUCUGCUGGAGGCACUGAAGGCACCUGAAGGCCAAGGCGAGGUCAAGUCCAAAGGCAUUUUGAAGAGGGCCUCCAAUGAUAUUUCACAUCCGAAUAUGCCUGCUCCAAGGACACCGGAGAAGAAUAACUCGGAUUCGAGUGCGGACGAGAUAUUCAUUCUCGUUGGGUAUGCGAAGGACUGCUGGGGCUUGCAUGCUGCAUUGGCGCCUUUGGAAGAAUAUAUAGAUCUGGCCAUGCGUCUUUUCUUCGACCAGUCACGGCUAAACUUCCUUUUUGCGGAGAACGAACGUAUCCAUGGGCUGCAUAUAGCCUCUGGUUUUGGACUUACGAAGCUUGUGCAUUAUAUGGCAGAAUGUGGUCAUGAUGUUGAGUGUCUCGACACUGGGUCUCAGAGCCCUCUUCAUUAUGCCUGUGCGCACAAUCAUCCGGACACAGCCCUCGAAUUGAUCAAGCUCGGUGCCAAUGUCUCCCACGUAACACCUAAGCGUGACACCGCGCUGUUUCUGGCCAUUGGAACAGGGAACCUGGAGUUGGUCAGAGUUCUCCUGGACAACGGUGCACCGCCUGGUCAGAUCGCAAGGGAUGGUUGGAUUGCUUUGCACAAAGCGGCGGAUAUGGGAUUCUUCGAGAUUGUGGUGUUGCUGGUCCGCCGAGGAAGUUCGGUCUCGAGCAAGUCCGCACGCAGAUUGACUGCGUUACAUCGGGCAGCAGGAAGAGGUCAUAUAGAGAUCAUCAAGUUUUUGAUAAAAGAACAAGCCCCUUUGGAGGCAGUCACCCAUGACUUGUGGACACCGCUUCAUGGCGCAUCAUCCAGCGGACAGACUGAGGCUGUGGAGUUGCUGUUGCAGCACGGAGCGAAUCUUUAUCAUCAAAGUCUCGAUGGAAAGACCGCACUGCACCGGGCUUGCCAAGGUGGACACGUCGAAACUGCCCGGGCUCUCUUACAGCACGGUGCUGAUGUCAUGAUCGGGGACUCCAAGGGAAACCUCCCCUUGCAUAUUGCAGCGCGGGAAGGGCACACAGCGAUGGUGAGCUGCCUGCUGGAACAUUCGACACAACAACUGCUGCAUUUGAACAAGGCCAAACGUACACCGUUGCUUGAGUCGCAAUGGAGUGGCUCGCGAAGGACGGAAGAGCUUCUGAUGCCGCGAACUCACGCCAUUUCCGGCUCAAGUGUCUCUGAUGACGCUGACUUGCCAGCGGCCAUACACCAAGACGAUCCCAAUGCAGUCAACCAACUUAUCAAAUCUCGAGGGCUCGAAAUCGACUCACGAGACUCCAUCGGUCGAACGCUUCUUCAGCAAGCCCUUCACGCCGAGUCCUUCAAGGUCGCACAAGCUCUUCUGGAAGCAGGAGCAGAUAUUCACGCCCGAUCGCACAUCGACGACUGGCAGCCGAUCCACUUCAGCGCUUUGGCAGGGAACGCCGAAUGCGUUGAGUUGUGUCUAAAGUACGGAGCUCAAGUCAACGCCCGAACAAAAAGCGGCCAAACACCGCUCCAUCAUGCUUGUAGGAAGGGGGACGAGGACACGGUGCGGUUACUUAUCAAGAACGGAUGUGAGAUCCGGGCCACAGACAGCAAGUACUGGCAACCGCUUCACACGACCGCGGAUGCCGGCCACGAGCACAUUGUCCGGAUCUUGUUGGAGCAUGGUGCCCUCAGUCGGUACAAUGACUUGCAAUGGACAACCUUCCAGGACUUUGCGGCCCUGCGUGGACAUCACAAUCUGGUGGAGUUGUUUCGAGACCUGAGGUAUUCGCGGAGGCCUUACGGUAGCUAG